UACAAACAACACUGAAAUGUCGUGGGUUGUUUGGUUAUGUCUUGUGUCUUAUUCUGUUAAAAUUUCCCUUUGUUUAAUGCUAUAUAAUGUUUCGAAAAUGGAAAGAAAAUAACUCCCGUAAAGUUGCGUCCGAAAUCUAAAGACAUAGCCAUCAUGUUUAUAUAGUCGGCCAACUUUAAAAGACUUCACGUCAAUAGAAAGACCUUAAAUAAAAAGUACAUCUCCGGAACGCGUAAGCACGAAACAAUCGCUGACACCUGUAUAUUAAGAAAAAAUUUGGUACUACAAAUAUCUUGUGAUCGUUUCACCGCAAUAGAAUUAAUUGCCUACAUCAAAAAUAACACCAAUGGCUCAAAAUAAAAUAUGUUCACAAAACAUCAGCGCAACGGAAUCAUCAUCAACAUUGACAUUAAGGAAAACUCCCAUUUCUGAAAAUAUUAUACAGGCCGAACACUUCACUACAACAGAAUUGCCACCGUUAAAACGUUUUAAAAAGAUCCCCAUCUACGUAGUUGAAGAACACAACGAUGCACUUCAAUUUAUUUACUCCGCGAUUGGCGGAAAGAAACUCCCGCUUGAAGGAACAACGUUAUUGCAUUUAGAUGCCCAUCCGGAUAUGCUUAUUGACCGCAAAUUGAAAGGCAGUGAGGCACGUUCGGGAAGAGAUCUAUUGCCAUUAUUGCAAAUAGAGAACUGGAUUGUGCCAGCAGUUGCCGCGGGGCAUAUCAGUCGAGUGGUGUGGCUACGUCCGCCCUGGGCCAAGCAGUUUCCUGACGGUACCCGCACCUUUAACGUGGGAGAUGACCCUAGAACAGGCUAUCUCCGCGUUGAUAGCAAAGAACCGUACUACCUUUCUGACGCUCUGUAUUCUGGGACACUUACGAAUAAAAGAACAUUAACAUUCACAGUAGCCGAACUAUAUCAUUCGUUAUUGCCAAAUUCUAUCCAACACCGUAUUCCGCAGCUUGUCAAGAAUAUCAGUAUUUCACAGCCAUAUAUAUUAGACAUUGAUUUAGAUUUCUUCAGUACUAGCAAUCCAUUCCUAAGUUUAUAUCAGCAAAUAGCACUUUACGACCUUUUGGAGCCUAUAUUUGAAUUUAAGCUUCCCAAUGACGACGAAGUAGAUACAUUUGAGAAAGCAAAUGAGAAUCGAGAACAGCAAUUGGAUGAAUUAGAAAUAUUAUUUAAGCACUUGGAAGUUUUCGGAAAUCUUGCUGAAUACCAAGGUGAAAAAACAGAUUCGUUUAAAAAGGUGCUAAGUAUAUCGAAAAAAGUAAACAUAAUAGCCGCUAAAGAGGGUGAAUCUCCAGACUGGUGGGCAAUAUAUGCAGCAGGUUGCACAAGAGACCAAGGAGGAUUACCCUAUUAUAUUAGCAGUGAGGAACAAAUUCGUAAUAUGGUAGAAAAGGGGUUGAUUCCAUUGUUGAAGAGACUUCCUCCUCCCGUGCUUAUUACAGUCGCCAGGUCUACGAUUGACGGCUAUUGCCCAGCGAAUCAGGUCGAAAUGAUUCAGUCUCUCAUUUUAAAAACACUCAAAGAAAUAUAUGACACAGAUGACCCAGCUUUACAUUAUUUAACUGUGCAUACAUCCUAAUUCCCAAUGUCUUGUUUAUAGAGGCCAUGUCAGGCAACGUGAAAUACAUGGUUUAUUAUCAGGUUAACACAUUACAAAGAUUUUUCAAUUAUUACAGAACUGAAAUCGUAACUUAUUGUUUAAAUAAAUUAUAUAAGGAACAAACA